UGGCUUCACCAGGCUUCACUGCUCACUAAGUACGCUACACUGGCUACACUGCAUAUGUUGAAGCCAGUGCUAGUGUACAUCAGCUGCAACAAAAAUGUUCCAUUUUCGAAAGAGCGAGAAGGAGCUUUCAAUAUACCUAUGGGUUGACAAGUUGAACGAAUAAUCCAUUGCAUUACAUUUAAGUAUUACACAUGUACACAGAGUCAGAAAGAGCACGCAAUUCGUGAGGACGAACGUCGGAGUAAGGUUAUGAUGGGCCUAGUGCGCUUAUCUAUACGUGGAGCCCGUGUGGGCUCUAAAAUCUGACAGAUUAUAAAGCUGCUUUCAAGAUGAAAUGCAAUUGUUACUUAUAGCCAAAAAUUUAUUUUAAAAUGAAUUGGAAGAUAUACGAAGAAAGUUUUAUUAGUCCAACGGUCGGUGCAGCUACAAAAGCUGAAGAAAAUUUUAAUAAAAUGAAUCAACACAACGGUGUCAGUGUGAGAACGUUAAUAAAAUUAAAUGCAAAUGAUGCAAAGGAGUUUUUUUGUGGCUGGGGAGCUGCUGUGAUUAAUGUUACUGUUACUUACCCAGUGAAUAAAAUAAUAUUUCGUCAGAUGCUAGAAGGAGUACCUGUUAUGACUGCUAUCCAACAGCUUUCACAUGAAGGAAUCAAAACAUUGUAUCGUGGAAUACUACCUCCUUUAUGUCAAAAAACUAUUUCUGUUAGUUUAAUGUUUAGCUUGUAUGAGGGCUGCAAACAGAGGCUGUACAUAUUGACAAAGCAUGAAAUCUUUUCAAAAGUAUUUGCGGCCAAUUUUGCGGGUACGUGUGAAGCAGUUUUGAUGCCCUUAGAGAGGGUUCAAACCCUACUGCAAGACAGAGGACAUCAUCACAAGUUCAAAAACACACCACACGCAUUUAGUGUUCUUUUACGAGAAUAUGGCCUUUCCGAAUGUUAUAGAGGCUUAGUACCUAUUAUAUACAGAAAUGGAUUAUCUAAUCUUAUGUUUUUCACCCUCCGAGAGCAGUCAAUCAAGAUUCGUGGGCCCGAAAACUCCACAAUGAGUAAUUUUAUUAGUGGUGCGCUUAUUGGUGGUGUUACAAGUACAUUUUUUUAUCCCGUUAACGUUAUUAAGGUUCACAUGCAGUCGAAAAUAGGAGGUGAUUUUGAAAAGUUUACAAAAUGUGUUAGGGAAGUUUACUUGCUGAGGAAUAGAAGCAUUACAAGUUUUUACAAGGGGGUGCACUUAAAUUUCAUAAGAUCGUUUAUUAGUUGGGGAGUCAUUAAUGCUUCCUACGAUUCACUCAAAGCAUUGUUUUUUGAAUAGUUAUCAACUUUCUUAAUUUGUAAAGGAAUGUGUGAUUAGAGUCUCUUAAUUAAUUAAAAGGUUGUAUGACGACAUGUUAGGUAAUUCAAUUAAUUUUUAUUGUAAAUAAACUUCAAUUGUUAUUCAGGAUGAUUUUUUCCUGAUUGAUCAGUCGACAUUAGUAAAGGAAUAUCGUUAAAUUCUAUUUUAACAUUCUUUGUAUGUAUAUAUUUUAAAAAUUUAAUGGUCAAUUUCUUAUUGUUUGUAGUUAAAGUGACAUUGUUAUGUAUGAAUUAAAGAAUAAUUAUGAAUUCAAUGAUUUGAAACUGCCAUUUUAAGUUUACAA